AUGCUGGAGGGCAAGGCGGUGGUGGAGGACACGGACAUGCCGGCGAGGAUGCAGGCCGCGGCGAUGUCGGCCGCCUCCCGCGCGCUCGACCUCUUCGACGUCGACGACUGCCGCGCCAUCGCCGGCCACAUCAAGACGGAGUUCGAUCGGCGGUACGGCGUGGGGUGGCAGUGCGUGGUGGGCGCCAGCUUCGGGUGCUUCUUCACCCACUCCAGCGGCACCUUCAUCUACUUCUCCCUCCAGCGCCUCACCUUCCUCCUCUUCAAGGCCGCCGCCGUCACCGCCGCGACCUCGUGUGAUACGUCUGCGAUAUCUUGA